AUGAAGUCACAGCUCACCAUCUGGUGGAAGCUGGAGACAAUAGUGUUGGAGUGAUGGAUGAAAUGGAUGAAGAUGAAAAUACCCUGGAGGUCUCCUCCAUGAUAACACAUGAUGGUGGACACUCAAUUGAUCACACAACUCUACAAAAUGAAGUACAUUAUGUUACAACAGAUGAGUCGGGACACUCGGUCACUGUGGUGUACCCUCAGUCUGCUCUGCCUAUGAUCCGGACACCAGAUGGAAGUUUGGUCAACUUUGUUGAUCUUCCUGGAGUACAUGGUGAACUGGGGCUAGAUCAAGGGGAGUUGACAGGUGAAACAGGUAUGGUGCUCCAACAAGAUUUCCCCGGAGAAGGACCAAUCACUGUGGUGACUGCAGAUGACACCGGGGAGCAACUCGCUCUUCUAGAUCAAGAACAUGGCCACUCGACUGUCACCAUGACCAGUGGGGAGGGAGCACAAGCCAUCACUUACCUCACUGCUGCAGAGGAUACUGGGGAUGGGUCUGCUUCAGCCUUAUUAGGUGAGCAACUAAUUCAGAUCCCUGCAAGUGAUCAGUCAGGAUCAGCACACACCAUUACUCUGCCCCUCUCAUUUCUAAAUGAUAGUGCUGGGGUUUCCAUAUUACAAGGGCUUAGCCAUCUUCAGUUACCAUUAGUAGGAGAGACUGGUGGAGAUUCAAUUACAUUAACUUCUCCAGUUGACUCAGAUAACAUUGCUUCAGUCAGUGGUGCAGAUGUGACACACAGUCAAGUUCUGUCAGUACUGCAGUCAUCAACUAUACCUACUACAGCCAGUGGGACAUUCAAUGUUAUGACUUCUCAGUCUAGCAUUCACAGUGAUCACAAUAGACUACCAACUACUCAACACCUUCAUGUUCCAAAUGCAACAUCCAGAUCUCAUCAUUCUUUAAGUACAAAGUCUGUCGUCCUGAAGACAACUAGCCCUUUAUCAGGGAAGCAGAAUUCUAGUCAGCAACCUCGAAAAUUCCUUGGCACUGGUCCACUGGCUAUAUCUGCACAGGGUGUUGUUCAGAGGAUUGGAAACCGGAUGGUUACUGUCCUGCCACGUCCAGAAGAUCUAAAAAAGUUGAAAGAAAGCAAAUCUUUAAUCGUAAGUGUCAAAGGUUCUGGUGAUUCUGAUCUUUAUGGGUCAAAAAGUCCUCGAACCAGAAAAAUCCCAGUGCCUGUACGACCACAUCAACGCUAUGGAAGGAGAGGCAGGGGAGUAGGACGAGGCAGACCAUCCUCUGUGUCUAGAAUUGAUGAUAGAGAAGAUAAUGACCAAAUUGCUAAAACUAUUUCACUUUUGAAGAAGGAAGCCCCAGGUGAUUCUAUAUUGCUUGCUGAGACCUCUGGGGAUCAUCACUUGGAUGGAUGCAUCAAAUUGGAGGACUCAGGGAGUGAAGGCAUUGUGGUAGACAUGACUCUGCCAGGGGGGUCACCAGCAUCGGCUGUACUGGUCAAAGGUCCACCGGAGGAUGAGGAAUAUAUUCUACCAGAUUUAGAUCCCACACUGCCAGUUACUUCUCGCCGUGGACGUCGUAAAAAGAGAGGUCGUGGGCGUCCCAGAGGGACGUAUGUUAUAUCAUCCACAGGUCGGAGGCCAGGAAGACCAAAGAAGGUUGAGACUCUGCUUGAAGGGCCUCAUGGAGCUCGCAUGAUACACACUGGACCUGACACUCGAUUGGAUGGCCAGCAUGAGGAUCAAGAAAAUGACUUGUCAGAAAAUGUUCCAACAAUUGAGCUAGCAGGUGUAGAGGGAAGUGAUGGACUACAAGAGCUGCGAGUGUUAGAGAUGGGGAAUCUCAAGCAAGAACCACUUGAUUUUGAGCUCAAGAAGGAAGAGGAAGUGGACCCUAACAAGAGGAAGCUACCGCCUAGACGAAGGGGAUUAAGGUACGAGAAAAUGAUCCAGGCCUUAAAAAAACGUGAAAAUGAUGAUGAUGACUUUUCUAUGGGUGAAGAAGAUGACUUUUCACCUGACUACUUGACACACCGGCGGCCACCACCGGCGCCACGAACAAGAGGAGCGUCAGGACCAGGCAAACGAGGGCGCCCAAGGAAAGAUCGGCCACCUCCAACAGAGAUCAAAAUGGAGCCAGACACUCGGCAUCAUAUUCUAGGAGGAACAAUAGAUGACACUCACAUUAGUGAAGCUGGAGCUGGUGACUUAGUUACCAGCGUCACUGAGGGAGAUUUAACAGAUGCAGACAAGCACAACUUGCUUAUUACAUUCCAAAGGCCAGAGACUGGAGAGAUGGUGAUCACUAUGCUUCCACCACCACCUACAACACAGCAUCACAAUGAAUUGCAUGACCACACUACUACUGAAGGUACACAGACAGAAGAGGACAUUGAUCUUCCAGCUGAUGAUGCUUGUGUCAAUGGUCACAGGUGUGAAGAAUGUGGGGAAAUUAUCCAGUUUAAACGUGAUUACAUCCGUCAUCUCCGUCAGAAACAUAACCUUCGACCAUUUGAAUGUGAUCAGUGUGGCAAGACUUGUACAUCUCAUAUAGCUCUGGAAGCUCAUCACAAAGUACAUGGAUUAGAGAGGCCACACCGUUGCGAUUACUGCGGUAAAGGCUUUGUUGAUCCAUCACAUCUUAAAACACACAUUCUUACACACACAGGAGAGAGACCUCAUAGUUGCCAGCAUUGCUUCAAAGCAUUUGCACAAGCAUCACAACUAAAAAAACAUUUAGCUAUACAUGAAGAGAGCUUCCAAUACAAAUGUUCGGUGUGCUACCGAAAUUUUGCUCACCGUGAUACACUCUACACUCACAUGAAGACACACACUUCAGAUCGCCCGUUUAUAUGUGACAUUUGUACUCUUAGCUUUGUUACUAGCAGUGGUCUCAACCGGCACAGAAAAGUUCACAAAAGAUCUAGUGACCCUGUUGGAGGCCUUGAGGAUGAACUAAAGUGCAGUGUGUGUCAAGCCAACUUCACCUAUAAAAGAACUCUGACUAAGCAUAUGUCCACUGUGCAUGAUGAUGGCCUCAUAGUCAAAGAGGAAGAUGAAGGUGCUGUGAAACCAUUUUCAGAUGAAUUUCCAUUGUUGAACAGCUUCAGGAACAGCUCAAUGAAGGUUAUGCACCAAAAACUUCUGAACUGUAUGAUGAACCUAAGCAGUCAGAAACUCUUGAGAGCAAAUUUCCCACAAAUCCAUUCAAGUGUGGUAUAUGUGAAGAGUCAUUCACAGAUGUUGAUGUGCUAUGUGAUCACUACACCAAUUCUCACACUGGUGAUCAGGAAGUGUACUGUGAUGUAUGUAGUGUAG